AUGGCGAUGUUGCGCGCGUCAAAGGGCGUUGGGCCGGUCCCGCCAGGGGCUCCGGGAGGCCCAUUGAAAAACCUGCCAUCGAACAGAGAACGCGUACUGAACGUCAACCACACUGCGUACGACCUGCUGAAAGAGCUCAGCAGUGGCCAGAAGGGCGCACGUCCAGCGCCCCCCAAGGUCGUUAGCUUCCUCAAACAGGUAGAGGAACUGACGAAGGACCUCUUGUCAACGCCCCUGACCGACUGGCAGGACGAACUCAGCGCCCUCCGCAAGGAGAUGCAGGCCAUUAAGGCUGCAGUCGAACCGCCAGCGAGACAGACGAUCAAAUCUUUCGCCGAAGCAGCGGCCAGGGCGCUAGCGCCCGCACACUGCCUUUCCUAUGGCUCAUCCAGCUCAGGCGUGCGACCAGCGGAGGUUGCACGUGACCGCGAGGUCGUGGUCUGCCUAGGUGACCGCUCGCAGAUAGGCACCUUCCGCCGCCUCACGCCCGCUGAGCUCACCAAGCGUGCGAAUCAGGCUAGGGCUAAAGCGGCCAUCUCGACGGCCACCGAUGCGUUGGCCACCGUCAUGAUCGUUGCCUCGAAACAGCUCAAAUCUGGUGACCUCCGCUUCACUCUCCGCAACGCUAAGGAAGCGGAAACCAUGCGGGUGCACAGAGAGAAAUGGGCGAAGGGCCUUUGCCGCAUAGCGUUCGUACACAUGCCAACGUGGGGCGUGGUGGUACACGACGUCAAUAUAAGAUCGCUGGGGAUCAACAAGCCAUCCGUUGAUGAGCUAAAAGGAGUGUAA